AAGCAAAGGUUGGUCCUCUCUCCUUGGCUUUUAUUGUUAUUUAUAAAGUCCAAUCCCCUUCUUCCCUUACCUCUCUUGUGGAGUCUCUCAAAGCUUUUCAAUAAUGGAAGGUGUGAUUCAUUUACAAAGCCAUCUGCUUGACUACACAGUCUCACUCUUCAAAGAGGGAUACUUGAAUGAUCAAUUUAAAGAGCUUCAGAGUUUGCAAGAUGAAAGCAAUCCAGAUUUUGUGGUGGAAGUGGUUUCUAUUUUCUUUGAGGAUUCUCAAAGACUUAUCAAUGAACUUGCUAAAGCUCUUGACCACAAAUGUAUUGAUUUCAAGAAAGUUGAUGCUUAUGUUCACCAGUUGAAAGGCAGCAGCUCAAGCAUUGGAGCAAACAAAGUGCAGAUGGCUUGCAUUGCUUUUCGCACCAACUGUCAAGAGAUGAAUAUUGAAGGGUGCCUAAAAUGUUUACAACAUGUGAAGGAGGAAUUUGCUUCGGUGAAGAACAAGUUGGAGACUCUCUUUAAGCUAGAGCAACAGCUUUUGGAUGCCCAUGCCUCAAAUCCAAUGUAACAAACCACCAACCAAAACACAAUAAAUUAAUGUCUAUGGAAUUUUGGACUUGUAAAUAUAUCAUAUUCUAAUAUCUUUUUUUUUUUUUAAUUAUUAUUUCUAUCUUGUUUCUUCUCUUUUCCCUCUCUUUCAAUUUUAUCCUUUUUUUCCCCUAAAGUUGUUUCUCUAGUAUUUUCCCCUUUUUCAAUGGUAAAUGUUGGAUGUAUAGUUUUAAAAGAUUUUGUUUUUCUUUUCUAGCUUA